AUGAAGUGGACUUCAGUGAGAGCUCUUGCUCUAGCUGUGCCUGUCCAAGCAGGACUCAGGUUCCAAUGCAGUACUCUCACCCUUCAAAGACUGGACCCAGUCGUCCAGCCAGGCGCGAACCCAUCUGCCCACCUCCACCAUAUUGUCGGUGGAAAUGCGUUCAACGCUACUAUGCUCGGCGAUGUGGCCUCGAGGGCUACCUGCACGACCUGUGAGAUGUCGGAGGACUUUUCCAACUAUUGGACAGCGACUCUGUUUUUCAAGCACCCCACGAAUGGUUCUUACCACCGUGUCCCUGUCAUACCUGUCAACCCGGGCAACCUCGACGGCUAUAGCGGAACUUCAGGCGGACUCACUGUCUACUACACCCAAACUGAUCUUGUGCGGGAUUCGAUAGCAACAAACCCCGUGAAGACAUUCCCACCGGGUUUCCGAAUGACCGUAGGCAGUCCGACUAAUACUGGAACGCCACACACUGGGCUUCGAUAUCAGUGCCUCUCAGCCGGUGGUGGUAGAGGCCCUGAGAUCGCAGAUCUCCCCACAUCUCCAUGCGCCGGCGGUAUCUUUGUUACCAACCACUUCCCUGCAUGCUGGAACGGCAAGGACCUCGAUAGCCCAGACCACCAAUCGCACAUGUAUAACACCAUUGUCUCUGAUGGCUUCACAAAUGCGCCUAAGUGCCCUGCGAGCCACCCAGUUAGGAUGCCUCAAGUCACUUAUGAGACUGUGUGGGACACUCGACAAUUCAACUCAAGGUUUUAUGGAUUCCAAAUCUUCUCACACUCUAUUCCCGCGAGGCUCUUGAUUUCAUAUUACCUACGAUCUCAGAUAUUAAUGUGGCCAUCGGGAACUCCGAACCCAUUCGUCUGGAGUUUUGAGGGGGUCAACGGCAAGGGCACUCACGCAGAUUACAUGUUCGGAUGGAAAGGGGACGCUCUGCAGCGCGCCAUGAACAAGUCGGAGUGCUUUUACGACGGUUGCGGAUCGAUCACUAAGCAGCCCAUGGCUACUGCCAACAAGUGCACGGUCCCAGACAUGGUGGGCGAGAAAUUCGAAGGGUGGCUAUCAAAACUUCCAGGUAUGUAA